UGGCCAGGAUUGAAAAGGUGCUGCAGGAGGCAUCACACGUGUGGCAGAGCCUACAUGAAGCUGGGAAUGCUGUCAAUCAACUUCAGAGGAUUCUGCAGCAAGUUCCCCUCCUGUGUCAGUCGUACCUGGGGACCUACCCCACAUGCCUUUUGCCUGGGCAGCUCGCGGCCGGUGUUUGCCAGUCAGGAGGGCCACAAGUUGGACCUGACGGCCGAAUUCACUGCUCUUUACAAACAGAGAGAGAGAGACUCAGCACGAAUAGCUCCUCACGAUCCUCGCUGACUUCAAUAA